UUGCAACCUGAUUUUCCCCACACUAUGUGCAUGUGUGUGCAUAUGCACGUGCACACGCGCGCGCGCACACACACACACACGUGCUGUUCUUUUCCCCUGCCCUCCAGAAUGGUUCCUGCUUCUCUAGCAUGCCUGCCUCCAGCAGCUUGCGGUUGGCGCGGGCACAAGCCAGCGGCCAGAUGCCCCGUCCUUCCUCACAGCGCUCUCCUUUUUGCUCCCCGGUCAAGACCACCCAGAGUGGGGUGAAAAUCGGAGGCUGAGAAACAGAGUCACCGCUGCAGGAUGGGAAACUGUCUCCGGAGAGAACACAGGCAGGAAAUGACUACAUUUGAGAAAGAAAAUCAAGAUCAAGAUAAGAAAAAUAAAGAAUAUUCACCCACUUCUAAUCAGAAAAAUGAGAGUGAUGGUGGUCCCGAAGAUGUGUGCUACACAGUCAUUAACCAUGGCCCCUAUCGGAGGCCCUCCCUGAGUUCCAAUGAAGAAGGCUAUGAAAACAUCGACCCAGCCUCAAGGGCAGUGAGGCUGUUUAGAGAAAGUCCAGAGACAGAGUACGCACUUCUCAGGUUGACUUGUGAAAUGAGGCCUUAUUCCUGUACCCCUGAGCAUGAUUAUGAACUUGUGCUUCCACAGUAGAGCUCUGUAUUUCAUCUCCCAUUUACUGAUGAUAUGGAAUAUGGCCCUCUGCAGGACGCUUUCUGUCUCUGCAGAUCGUGAAACAUUUCUUUCUGGCCAGAGUUUAGAACUGGUACCCUUUAACUCUACUGUCUUGGGUAGGUCUGAGACAUGGCAUCUUAGUGGUCUGGGUUAGGCUACAUAAAAUGUACAUAAUGACAUACAGCAUCCCACAUCUUUCGUUGCUGGGUUUGAGGACAUGGAUACAGUAGGGAUCUUUUCCAGGGUAUUAAUCUUCCACAGAUAUCUGACCUAGAGCAUCCAAUUCCAAUCCUGUUCUCUGAACUUCAAAGGCCAGCAUUUCCAAUUAUCCAUUCAAUUUUUGAGGUGUAAUCUAUUCAAUAAAAGUUUAAAAUGUAUGAGUGGUGACCAACACUUUGCUCACCUGAUAUUUACUUUGAUUUUGCCUUUUCUGUGUACUAGACACUCUUGCUUGUAAACUUGUAGUGGCAGUUCAAGAAUCCAUAGUUUUUACGUUAGCCCUUAGGAAAGGAGAAGCUGAGGGUGUCAUUACAACAAGAAGAAAUGCACCAGGCUUAGGUGACCACUGACUUCCCUCCAAAGAAAACCAGGAUUCUGUUAAAAGAUUGGUAGAAAAUUAGUAAACUCAAACUUACAGCUUUGUUCACAACAUACUAAUUAGUUUAAUGUAUCCUUGGUUACCUCUACUGAAGGAGGAUGAAGAAUGCUGGGUUUUAAAAUUCAGGCAAACUGACAAGCAAUCCAUCUACUUUUUACUUUUGUUAUCAAGGAUUUUUCUAAUUAAUUAACAUUUUUAAUUAAAUUUACUUUAAAGUACCAAUGCCAUAAUUGAACCAUCCAUGAUAUAUUUUUCUAUAUAGUUACAAUACACUGAUCUUUUCAUCACCAACAAACAUCAAUCGAUUGCUGGACAUUACCUAACAUGUUUUACACAAAUUUUGAAUCUUGGCUUAUUCUUAUGCUCCUUUGUGGUAACUUCAAUGUCUAGAAGGAGAAUUUAACAGAAAUAUUGUAAUUCUAGAAAAGUCACCCUGUCACAAAUAUGUCAGUCUUCUAGAAAUCAGUCAAGUUUAGGAAAUGACAAAAUUACUUUCUAUAUGCAUUUAUAGUUAUUUAAUAUAUAAUAAACAUCAUAUUUAAAAUAAG